AUGCCUCUCGAUCUUCCACAGCCGUCCACGUUAGACUUGCCGAUAGCGCCAGAGCUGUUUGAUCCAGUCGAGGAUUUGGGCUUAAAUUGGCUUCCAAUCGAUAUCCUGAAAGAUAUGAAUGCACCACUGCCGAUGGACCCAAAUACUACAUACAACGCGAUGAAUGAAUGGUGGCUGGAUGGAUUGAACGCCAAAAGUGACUGGAUGCAGCCUGCCACAAGCGUGGGCGACAUACAGUUACUUGGCGGGACAGAACAGCCUGGUUCAAUUCCUUACGCGGCUAUACCGAGACCUCACUCACUUGGCAAUUCGUCGCAAGAUAGAUCCCCGUCCUCUUCGUCGAGUGACGAUGCCGCAUUAAGUUGUGGUCAAUACUAUGUGGAUGGUGAAGGCGCCCGCCUGACAAAGCAAAAGCGACGAAAGAACGCGCAUUCUGACCAAGUAGAAGAGUCAAUUUCUUCUUUUUUACCCAAACAACGCCCAAGGUUGGUUUUUCCAGACAUGCAUGAUAAUCUAGUGCAGGAGAUACAUCAAAACGUAUCUGCCACAAAGCAAAUAUCAACCAACAAAUAUGAAAGACUUAUUGACAUGUUCAACAAAUUAUGUCGCUCUGAGACCUUGUUCGCAGCUUUUGAAACCACUACUUUCCCAGGAGCAGAUCUGCUAGCUUUUUUCGUUUCCAGCUAUUUGGAUGAAUUUCAGCCAGUCUAUCCAGUCUUUCACAUGCCUACUUUCGAUCUAGAGCAAAGUCAUUGGAUCUUGACGCUUACUAUGGCAGCAAUUGGAUCCUGUCUUAUCAACACACCGGAGACGGCAGACUAUGCUUACCCUCUCCAAGAAUUUGCACGUCGAGCCAUACUUGUCGAAAAGGAUAAAUACAACACUGGAACAAAGCCUAUUUGGCUCAUUCAGGCAAUGCUUUUGAAUUGCAUUGGCCUUUAUCACGGCGUUGAUAGUCAAGCCAAGGAAUAUGCUUCUGGUACUUUGAAUGACCUGGUACGGUUUUCUCAUCAAGAGAGACUUGUUUCAAGCGGACAAUUGAACAGGACGAUUGGUAUUUCAUGGAGAGACUGGAUCAAUAUCGAAACAAGACGAAGAACUGGUUAUCUAAUUUGGCUUGUUGACAGUACUUUGGCUUACACUGCCAUCAAUUUUCGACCACUAUUCAGUCUUCAAGAUGCGCAAGCGCCCCUUCCUUCACACGAAAGCGUAUGGGAUGCAAUGUCCGAGGAAGAUUGGGAAGCCCAAUACCAUGGUGACAAUGUUUCUCUUCAUUCAGCCAUUGAGGUUUUAUUCAUCGAAAAGAGAUCGAUUCCGAACAUUUCUGAGUUUGGUCAUACUUUGCUUCUUCACGCCCUGUAUCAAAGACUAUGGGAAGUGAGCGAUUACUUCCAAAGCCCGCUUACAUGUUGGAACCCCAAUGCUGCAAGACAACCGCGCGAAGCAGCAAUUCCUUCAAGCCCAGUAUGGCUACCAGGAGUCCCAAUGUAUUCCAAGUGGCGUAACAGUGCUUGCGACUGUCUAGAUACACUUCACUGGCAUGCCAAUGGAACAAUAGCGAAGGCAGCUGGAUUUGAGCAUUCUACCGUCCUACAUUUGCAUGCGGCACGAGUUGUGCUUCUCGUACCAUUUCGAGAAAUCCGAGAUUUGGCCACGGCAUUGGCCAACGAAACGCUCCCGUGGGAUAACAGACUCGAGCGCAACUCUGACUGGCAGCAUGCCUGGCGUUGGGUGAUGCAUGAUCAGUACAAAGCUCGGCUAUCUAUGAUUCAUGCAGGUUCAGUAUUCUGGCAUGUCCGUCGCUAUUCAACGAAUGCAUUCCACGAACCAGUAUCUGUAUUUCUGGCAACUCUAGCUCUAUGGGCGUACGGUAUCUGUAGUUACAAUCCAUGCGCACGCCUCUCACAAACGACAGCCUUACCAGCAAUAGCUGGACAAGACCAAGCCGAAUACGACGCAACCCCAACAUUUGUCCACCUCGACCGGCCCUGCGACGACGAAAUUGUGCAACUCUUUGUCCGCGAAGGUCAAGCGAUGAGAGGUAACAUGACCGGUGUAGGAGAUAUAUGUAGUCCUCAGGGACCAUCGAGGGUUCUGAAGGAAGGCAUUCGGAUCCUGUCGGGCUUGGCUUCGACAUGGGGGAUUACGCAUGAGUAUAUUGAUAUCUUGUCAAGAUUGAGGGAUCGCACGUCGCUGCCUAUGACGGCUGUGACGGGGUGA